AUGAAAUGCGAAGUGAAAACUGUUAAACUUAAAAUUCUAGGAUUGACUGAUUUAAGUAAAAUUAUAAGAAAUUCCUCGUAUGAAAUAUAGGUAUAUUUUGGAGGUGCAAGAUAAUCAACCAAAAUAUUAAAUUAUUAUGUUGGUAUAUUAGCAUCUGAAUAAAUUGAAAUUAAUUAAGACCUUGAGUUAAAUAGUAUUCAUGGGAAACAAUUAUAAUUUUGGUUGUUUGAUAAAUUGAAAAAUAAAUUUAUUGGAGCAGGAUCAUAUGAAUUGAGUGAAAAUUAAGUUGAAGGAUUUCAAUUGUUAGAUUUAAAAAUCGAUACAGUUAUAACGUGUGUUUUAAUGUUUGAGUUGGUUGUUGAAGUGAAAGACAUUUAUAAGCCUGUUGUUUUAGAAGAUGAUAAUGUGAUAUUAAAGAAAGACGACUCGGAAGAAAAGAGAAAAGAAUAGGAAAGGUUGGAGUAAGAGGAGAAACUUAGAAAACAAUAAGAAGAAGAAAGAAGGCUAUUAUAAAAAUAAAACAAAGUUUCCAUAGUCACAUUAACUGAUAGAUAUGUUGAAGAUUAAUCUUAUUAUUGA